CACGAAAAAUCUCUCAAAAAGACCUAACAAAUGAUUCGCACAACCUUCAAGAAGUUCUCCAGCAAGGUACUGAAGAAAAGAACAGACAAAUAUUGAAACUCUCUUUCUUGCUUACUUCUUUUUCAAGUUAAUGACAUGAUCAGCACAAUCCUGAACCUAUUUAAGAUCAAAACGAUUUUUGAAAUUAUUGUGACUUCUGAUCUCAUUUUAUAGCCUGUUAGUCAGCUGGCCAGGAAAGUCAAAAUUGUUGAAGUGGGACCCAGAGAUGGACUUCAGAAUGAAAAGGUACCGUACUCGAUCGACAGACAUCUUGUUCCUGAUCUCCUCCACCCACUACAAAUAAACCCCCCACUGAAGGCCAGGGGUGAGAGGUGAAGAGAGAAUAAUUAUGUCUUCUCUCGUUGUUCUAGCCUUUCUAGUUUCUGUUAAUGAAAAAAAUGACAUCUUCCUCCCUUACUUGGCUCCAUCUAUAAAGAUGAUUCUUCUAUCCCUUACCAUCUCACCAUUAGCACCCUAUUCCUUGUCAUAAACUCACAAGUUUCUUUCCUUAUAAUACAAAGUGGUCUUUAAACAGCCUACCUAAUUUUUCUUGUCUCCCUUACAAAUGUACCCUCAGGUAGAUGAGGUGCCUGUAAACUUUUUUCCACCUCUCUAGCAUGGCUUCUUACCUUUUCCUCCAAGGUUGCCACUUUAGUGAGGUUCAACUGCACAUAUUCUAUUCUGCUCAAUAAGAUCAACAACACAUCUUCAAUCUGAUACCCAGUACAUGCAUGUGCAGCAGCAACUCCCUUCUAAUAUUGCUUUAGAUAUGUAAUGUACAAAUUAACUUACUCCUUGUUAAAAAGCCUUACACUAGAUGUAGACAGACACAACACAAGCUGAAGGCAGAUGUCACCUUCCUAUUUAGACAUAUUACACAGGAAAAAAUAACGGAUUCCCAUUUUUGGAUAUUUCAGGGUAUUUAAAGAAUACCCACAAAAAAUCCCAAAUUUGGAAGAGUGAGACAAGCCCCAAUCAGGGAACUUGGUUGGGAAUUCUCUGGUUGGGACUUGUCUCACUUUGCCAAAUUUGGGAUUUUUAUGGGUAUUCUUCAAAUACCCUAAAAUAUCCAGAAAUGGGAAUCCGUUAUUUUUUCCUGUGUUACACGUUGAGGGGAUCAAUUUAAGAUGGAGUUAGCUUGUGUCAGGCUCUCAGAUAGUAUAGUAGGGAUGUAAAUACUAGCAAGCAAAGCAAAAAUAAGACUCACCUGCCCUGUCUUUCCCCAGCCCCAGUGCAUUUUUGGCAUCAAUUUUUACUGAAAGACUGCGCUACCAUCAAGUUGAGCCUGGAGCACUACUAAUAUGGAGUACUCUACCAUAUCAUUGUAUCUUUACAGGCUAUUGUUCCAACACAAACAAAGAUCAAGUUGAUUGACAUGCUGUCAAAAACUGGUCUCUCGUCAAUUGAAGCAACCAGUUUUGUAUCACCCAAAUGGGUUCCCCAGGUAUUCCACAUAGUUUAGACUUUUUCAUAACUAGCAACAGAACUGCUUCCUAUUUUCUUCACCCAUUCAUCCCUGAACCACCCUUAAUCACCUGUGUGACCAUGACCCGUCUUCGACUUGUGACAUCAUCAGUUUAAAUGGUAAAGGACAAAUUUGUCAGCUAACUUGUGCAUGGUGAAGAGAUAUUUCAAACCAUACAAGAAUGAGCACUGUUCAGUCAAGGAUCAGCCAAAGAAAAUGGCAAAAAACGAUGUAACAUGGACUCAGAAGUGUCCAUGAAAAUUUUGUUCCACUACCCACCUUCCUCUCCUUUCAUCUAAUCCUAGGGCAUGUGUUUUUCUAAGAAGAAAAACUGAAAUACAAUUUAUGUGAUAUUACAGCAUGUACAUCAGAAAAAGUUGGUACAUGUCUGUUGAAAAAUAUUAGCAAUAUGAGAAUGUAUGUAUAUUUAUCAAAUUCAUUCAAAAAAAUAUCAAAUUUAUUUUUCAAAUUCAAGAUGCUUUAAUCUAAUAGAUGGCUGACCAUAAACAAGUCAUGACAGGAAUAAACAGGAUUCCAGGCAUUUCAUACCCAGCUCUUACACCAAACCUCAAAGGUUUUGAAGCAGCAGUAUGUUACAUUUUGUUUUUAUUCUUAAACCUUUUGACUUUAUUGUACCAUUUAGUGAAUGUUAUUAAUAGCUUUGUAACUCAUGUGGAAGGUUGCGGUGGUAUUAAGCUUGUCGCAUGAAAUGUUGGCUGGUGUUUUGUUCAAUAUGCACAUUUGUCCUGGUUUUUUGUAUUUAUGGGAACUGAUCAGGACUUUGAAGCAAAAGACCUGGCCAUGUUUAUUCAAAAGCUGAGGAGAAGGGCGUAUGGGACACAAGCUAGGAAGGAGUUUGAUCAGACUAGUUUUGCAUUGAAGGGUUACUGGAGGUGAAAGUUGACAGUUAGGAAGCAGAUGAAAAAUGCAAAUCACUCAAUUUUUUCAUUCAGUUAUGCAAUAAAAUACUUUAAUUUUUUUUUAAAAAAAAAUUGAAACCUGUUGUUCCUCAGUGGAUCAUUCAACCUAAUAUUCCUUCAUUUGUUCAGUUUCAUUCUUUUGAUAUAUAUUGAAUGUGUCAUCAUUAUUGAUUAUCAUCUCUAACAACUUUCUUUGUUCUUUGUUAGAUGGAGAGUGGAGUCAAAGAAGUGGCCAUAUUUGGAGCAGCAUCAGAGUCAUUCAGUAGGUGAGUUAUUUAAAAGAAUAUUACUAAAAAUGUAUACUAAAAAGGUACAACUGUACUCUUUUAAAGCAGACUCAGUACUUCCCAGUAAUGCCUGAAACCAAUUUGAUGAAGUCGAUGAAAAUUUCUAAUAACAGUAUAGCAUCAAGGAAAGUUUGUAAGAUAAAAAUGAUAUUAUUUCUCAGCAUCUCCUGUGGUCAUUAUUAAUUUCCUCAAAUUUUAAUUAUAUUUAUUUUUACUAUCCAAAAUAAUGCAAUAAAUGAUUCUAAUAUGUGUAGACUGAGAAAAAGUCAGUUUUAUAUGUGGGGGUGUACAUAUUACAAAUCUUACUGCCAGCCUGUCUGAGUGAGGGGGUGUCAAAUACAAAGAGGGAAUGUGUCUACUUCUCUAAAAAGUGCAUUAUUCAUACAAUGAUUUUAGUAGAUUCCUGUAAGGAACAAUAGUUCAAAGUUACUCAGGGGUAAUUCUGUGGGCUAACCAUCUAGUUCUUUGAUAUGUCAUCCUUGCAUUUUUCUUCUUCUUUUUUUUUGCAGCAAAAGAACUGGAAAAGUUUUGUUUGAUUUCCACCAAUCUAACUGAAAUGCUUUUAAGGUGGCAUUACUGGGCAUAAGUACUAGUUUAAUAUAUCUGCUCAGUAGAACACUAUAUUUUUGAAAGUUCUUAUGUCAGAAUGUUUUAUGCAUUGUGAAUCUUUGGUUUUUGCUUGAAGGAAGAACAUUAAUUGCUCAAUAUCAGAAAGUCUUCAGAGGUUUGAAGCUGUGUGUGAAGCUGCAAAGAAGAACAACAUCCUUGUGAGAGGGUAAGGGUUUGUACAUGUAAACCUCAAUUUUAUAAUACAAUAUCCAAACGUAAUUGUUUGUAAUAAUUCUAUGAAAUAUUUUUUACUUGCAACAUGCAACUUUUUUUUGUUUGGACAACUUGUUUCUUUUAAGCUUGGACAUCUUGACAAAAAGACAUAAUUCUAACCUUUUUUGCCUGUUCAAUACUUAAAUUAAAUUUGAAGAAAGACAUGAACAUGUUGGAAAAAAUAUAGAGGCAUAGUAGAGAACAAAAAUUCUCUAAAAUUUGCAAGUGACAUUAUCUUGGGUCUCUCAUGUUAUCUUCAGGUAUGUUUCCUGUAUAGUGGGGUGUCCUUAUGAAGGCUUUGUACCUCCAAAAGCUGUUUCACUGGUAAGAUUUACUGUAUCCUGCAAGCACACUCUUCAUUUAGUGGAGUCGUGAGAAUUCACGCAAUAGCAGAACACGAAAGGAGAGGCGAGCUCGCAGAAACCGGUCGUUUCGCCUACAAGUCGAUUCGCCUACAAUUAAACUUGUUUUAGUUUCAUACUUAUCUAACUUCAAGGGCAACUGUGUUGGCUAAUCAACCUCAGAUGUGUGGACGAAACGACUUAGAUCAUGUGGGCGAAUCGAUCUGCGUGUAGGUGAAACGACCGACAUUGAGCUCGCAGGCUAGAUUUACACGGUCGGUUUAGGUUACUGAAAGCAUCUUUACGCAGUUUAAGGGGGUCUUUACCCACAUCUGACUGAUACAGAAGCGGCCAGGAUGAGGGUGGGAAUUCCAUUCUAUCCAUUCCACCAACUUCCCUUUUAAAUCUGAAAUUUCUUCAUACUACCCCCGGGGGGGGGGGGGUACUCCCGCGCAUUUUGGAUAGGGGUGUGCCGCGAAGGUUCGUGAACCCUAACCCUAUUUAAGGACUAACAAAGCGAAAACUGAUACCCUUUUUAAGGCCCAAAGCCGAAAAAUGACACCCUAUUCAAGGAAAAAACAAACUUAUUAGUAGCAUGAAAAGGAAAACUUUAUUUCUUCUCUGUAACAUUGGAUGUAUAGCAUCAAGCAUAAAAUACUAGAAUAAGCCUAGUUUAAAAAACAUGUUCGUUUUGGCGGGCGUUUUCACACUCCAAUAUAGAUAAUACAAUUAAGCUACCCUAUCUAAGGACCACACCAGGGACACAGAAACAAAACGGGGUCAAAAAAGAUACCCUAUUUAAGGACCGUGAACCUCAAAAACCAUACCCUAUUCCGCGGCACGUACCUAGAUAGCCCAUAUAUGGGAUUACCCCCCCCCCCCCGGGACACUACUUACCCCGGUAAUCACUUUGGUUAAUCUACCUAUUUUGUAACUGUAGUUAACGAUGUCAGUCAAACUUCUCGCUAUUAAAAAAAUUCCUCCUACUUACCAGCAUAGCAAUACAUUUUAUUCUGAUUUGCCUCCAACAGGUUACAAAGAAUUUGUUCGAAAUGGGGUGUUAUGAAGUGUCCUUGGGUGAUACUAUUGGUGUAGGGACGCCAGGUAAAGUUGAAACACCAAACUUCAGCUGUACAUACGGAAACCGGUCGUUUCGUCUACACAUAGAUUCGCCUACACCGAGGUCGAUUCGCCUACAUAAUCUAUCAAGACUUAGUUGUUUCAGCGGUAUCAGGUCGUUUCUCUCGAAGGUCAGCUCGCCCGAUAGCAGUUCGCCCAGACUAAGUCGAUUCGCCCAGGGCGUAUUUGUCGUUCUUUAAGCCUGAAAAAAGGGAAUAUGCAUGGAAAGACAGUGACUGCACAUGUGGAAUCCAAGGGUAACUAAAAUAACACCUCUAAAGGUAUUUUCACCUUUUUGUAGAGUGUUAGUAUGUCAUCGGGCGAAUCGACCAAUAUCCUGGCGAACGCCUUCGGGCGAAUGGACUUUCGGGCGAAACGACCGCAUUUCGUUUCAGCGACACUAAGUUUACACAAGUAAAAGUAUAAUAUAUAAAUAAAAGUAAAGCUUACCGAUGACUCUGGCAUGUUUAAGCUUAAGAUUAUUUUUAACAUUAACGUAUCGACGACCGCGCGACUUCUCCAGACGGAUCUCUAUGCAUUUCCUUGAAAAUAUAAGUUGAGAGAAUUCGUUAAAAGAUGAAAUCAUUAACCCCGUAGUGAUCAUUGUAGUAAUUGUUAUAACUUUUCUCUGAUUAUGUAUCGAUAUUGUUAGGAGAAAAUUGAUGUUUAUCACAGAUUUGAACUUAGAAUGUUAAGACUAAAAGUGUAUUCAUAAAUAUGCAGCCUUGAAUGUGUUCAUCAUUAAAAAAAGGUUUCUUUUUAUAUAGGCUCAACACAGGCCAUGCUGGAAGACGUUCUGAAGAAAGUACCAGUGGAAAACUUGGCUAUCCACUGUCAUGACACAUACGGGCAAGCUUUAGCAAAUAUCCUCAUUGCACUGCAAGUAAGUAAACACUUACCUUAGUGCCAGUUUUUAUAAAGAGAUUCACCAUCAUUUCCUGUGAGACCUGUUUGUGCCCGCAACUAGAAUUUCUUGCAACGUAUGUUUUCUCCCCAAUCGCGAAAGAUUUCGCUAAAAAUGUUAUUCUUUCCCCGAGAAAAUAUAUAAGGUGUAAGGGGUGAUACUGUCGCACCAAUACACAGUGGACUUUCAACGAUCUCACUAGCGAUUGCAUUACUCGUUUUAUCGGGCAGGGCUUUGGCAUUUCUUUUUUUUUUUAUCUCAGGUAAUAGAUGUUGUUAAUAGACCCCAUCAAAAAGGUAUUAUAUUUUUUAAAUUUUACCUUUGCGUAGUGCCCCCGUACGGUUUUGCUAAGAAGCAAAACCCGAGGAGACUUCUUCGAUGUGUACAGCGGCUUAGCUUAGAUCAAAUGAUGAGUGUUGUCACAUGAGAGGCUGGACGAUUCGCUCUUCUUACCCUAGUAAUGAACGCACAUCAGGGUCUUACAUUUCUUAGUUAAUUCAGUCGUAACUGUAUUUUAAUAGCAGAACAUGUUGCGACAGGUUUUACCUGAGGGAAAAUGUUAUUAAUGAUUUUUGAGGUCGGUACGUAUUCGUUUUAUAUCGGUGUGUUUUUUUUCUUGUUUUUCCACCACAAUGAAGAUGGGUGUGCGGACAGUAGAUGCUUCAGUCAGCGGUCUUGGUGGCUGUCCAUAUGCGCGGGGCGCAUCAGGAAAUGUUUCUACUGAAGAUGUCGUGUACAUGAUCAAUGGAAUGGACCUUGAAACGGUACGUUUAUUGUGUUUUUAGACUACGAAUAGUCCCUCAUUGUCCCUCACGGGCGUUUCACUCGCUCUACUAUCCCUGAGGGAAAGUAAGGGACCACUCGUAGUCCAUUAUGUCUGUGAAAGAGCGUAGCGGCGCUGCGGCGAUCUUGAAAGUGGAGCGUCACAUAUCGGAUAGGUUUGUGCCAUACUUUAGUGCAGUGUAAACACCUAUUCGGCCCGUACCGGAAGUUAAUAAGUUAGAGCGAGGACUGGAACCCACUGAGACGGAAGUAGAUAUUCAGGAGUGUUGGCUGGAAUUAAGUGCACCCACGCUGUCAAUCAAACGGGCCGGCACGAUGGCCAAUCCGUGUGAACGACUUGUGCCUCCCCGAGCGGUUGCUGUUCAUAAUACCGAAUAGUUUUUCGCGGCGCCAUAAAAAGCGAUCUGGUAGAGUAUGAACUUUUGUUUCCUACCUGGGAAGAGUCAUUACUGAUUGUAAUCGUUUUGUUGUUUCUCAAAAAGGGAGUAGACUUGGAAAAACUCUUGGAUGCAGGCGACUUUAUCUGCCGAGCACUCAAUCGAAAAAGUGCGUCAAAAGUUGCUCAAGCAAGAAGCGGUGUCUCCGAAACGAAAAGCUGAUUAAUAGCGUCCAUUCUGUGGAGGGAAUAUUUAUCGGAACAAGUCGCCAAUGGAAAGACCUUAUACCUCUUUUUACCAGACAGGAAUGGAAUUCCUUUUAUGGUAAACAGUACGGUGGGAAGGGAAGUAGCACCUAAGGUAAAGGUGGAUGGCUCUGGGUGGACUGUGGUCGCAUCAGUACCCUGUGGUGGCCGUGAAGCUGUGGUAUAAGGGAGCUUAACCAAAGGCGUUUUUGACAGACACACGUCGACCGGAAGUGACGACUUUUCC